UCCGUCCGUCUCAGAAGUGAUCCGUUCUCGAUCCACUGCGCUCUUUAGUCUGCUGCCAAUUGACAUUCACUCCUGGCCCUUCCUAUAACUUCUCCAAACCAUUACUUCUCCUUUCCUUCCUUCUUUUCUUUGAAAACUUGAAGGAAAAAGUCAAAAACACGCCAGCAUCUUCUUUUCAGUCUUGAAUAUUCAACAUGGCGACCAACAUCACCUGGCACCCCUCCCUCUCGCGCGCCGAGCGUGAGAGCUACCGCAAGCAAAAGGGCUUCACGAUCUGGUUCACAGGCCUGUCGGCCUCUGGCAAGUCCACCGUCGCCACGGCCCUGGAGCAGCACCUCCUGCACCUGGGCAUCGCGGCCUACCGCCUGGACGGCGACAACGUGCGCUUCGGCCUGAACAAGGACCUGGGCUUCUCCGAGAAGGACCGCAACGAGAACAUCCGCCGCAUCGCCGAGGUGUCCAAGCUGUUCGCCGACAGCGCCACCGUCGCCAUCACCUCCUUCAUCAGCCCCUACCGGGCGGACCGUCAGGUCGCCCGCGACCUGCACGAGAAGAGCGCCCAGGGCGACGACAAGCCCCUGGCCUUUGUCGAGGUCUACGUCGACAUCCCCAUCGAGGUUGCCGAGCAGCGCGACCCCAAGGGCCUGUACAAGAAGGCCCGCGCCGGCGAGAUCAAGGACUUUACCGGCAUCUCCGCCCCCUACGAGGCCCCCGAGAAGCCCGAGCUGGUCAUCAAGACCCACGAGAACACUGUUGAGGAGUCUGUGGCGCAGAUCGUCAAGUACCUGCAGGAGAAGGACCUGAUCACCAUCUCGGCAUAG